CACUUUCGGUCCCGGGCUGCGAGGCAGGCGGCGGCGGCGGCGGCGGCGCGAGGGAGAGCCGGCCCCAGACCCCAGGUGAUUUCAGCAAGAAGAUGGUGUCUCUGUCUCUCAAGUGGCCACUUGCAACCAUGUCAUGUCUACUUCCCUCAUUGUUGACUCUCUUGACUGUGUCUACUCCUUCAUGGUGUCAGAACAGGGAAGCUACAUCUCCAGAAGCCGGUAAUGGGACACCAUUUCCUUGGAAUAAAAUGCGACUUCCCGAGCGUGUCAUCCCAGUUCAUUAUGAUCUCAUGAUCCAUGCAAAUCUCACCACGCUGACUUUCUGGGGGACCACGGAAGUAGAAAUCACAGCCAGCCAGCCCACCACUGCCAUCAUCCUGCAUAGUCACCACCUACAGAUAUCUAAGGCCACUCUCAGGAAAGGAGCUGGAGAGAGGCUGUCGGAAGAACCACUGAGGGUCCUGGAAUAUCCUGCUCAUGCGCAAAUCGCACUCCUGGCUCCAGAGCCUCUCCUUGAUGGGCUCCCGUACACAGUUGUCAUCGACUAUGCUGGCAAUCUUUCUGAGAAUUUCCAUGGAUUUUAUAAAAGUACCUACAGAACCGAGGAAGGGGAAGUGAGGGUGAAAUCUGUAACUAUUGCUGAAGGACUCAUAGAAGACCAUUUUGAUGUCACUGUGAAGAUGAGCACCUAUUUGGUGGCUUUCAUUAUUUCAGAUUUUCAGUCUGUCAGCAAGAUGACCAAGAGUGGAGUCAAGGUUUCUGUAUACGCUGUGCCAGCCAAGAUAAAUCAAGCAGAUUAUGCACUGGGUGCUGCAGUGACUCUCCUAGAGUUUUAUGAAGAUUAUUUCAGGAUACCAUACCCCCUACCCAAACAAGAUCUUGCUGCUAUUCCUGACUUUCAGUCUGGUGCAAUGGAAAACUGGGGACUGACGACAUACAGAGAAUCUUCCCUGUUGUUUGAUGCAGAAAAGUCUUCUGCAUCAAGUAAGCUUGGCAUCACCAUGAUUGUGGCCCAUGAACUCGCCCACCAGUGGUUUGGGAACCUGGUCACUAUGGAAUGGUGGAAUGAUCUUUGGCUAAAUGAGGGAUUUGCCAAGUUUAUGGAGUUUGUGUCUGUCAAUGUGACCCAUCCUGAACUGAAAGUUGAAGAUUAUUUUUUGGGCAAGUGUUUUAAUGCGAUGGAAUUGGAUGCUUUAAAUUCUUCACACCCCGUGUCCACACCUGUGGAAAAUCCUGCUCAGAUUCGGGAGAUGUUUGAUGAUGUUUCUUAUGAAAAGGGAGCUUGCAUUCUGAAUAUGCUAAGGGAUUACCUUAAUGCUGAUGUGUUUAAAAGUGGUAUUGUGCAAUAUCUCCAGAAGUAUAGCUAUAAAAACACAAAAAACGAGGAUCUGUGGAAUAGCAUGGCAAGUAUUUGCCCUACAGAUGGCACACAAAGGAUGGAUGGCUUUUGCCCUGGAAGUCAGCAUGCAUCUUCAUCCUCACACUGGCGUCAGGAAGGCCUGGAUGUGAAAACCAUGAUGAAUACCUGGACGCUGCAGAAAGGCUUUCCCCUGAUAACCAUCACAGUGAGAGGGAGGAACGUAUACAUGAAGCAAGAGCACUAUAUGAAGGGAUCUGACAACGCCCCAGAAAAAGAAACUGGGUACCUGUGGCAUGUUCCACUGACAUUCAUCACCAGCAAAUCAGACACGGUCCAUAGAUUUUUGCUGAAAACAAAAACAGAUGUGCUCAUCCUCCCAGAAGAGGUAGAAUGGAUCAAAUUUAACGUGGGAAUGAAUGGCUAUUACAUCGUGCAUUACGAGGAUGAUGGAUGGGAUUCUUUGACCGGCCUUUUAAAAGGAACACACACAGCAAUCAGCAGUAAUGAUCGGGCGAGUCUCAUUAACAAUGCAUUUCAGCUUGUCAGCAUUGGAAAGCUAUCGAUUGAAAAAGCCUUGGAUUUAACCCUGUACUUGAAACGUGAAACGGAAAUUAUGCCCGUGUUCCAAGGUUUGAAUGAGCUGAUACCUAUGUAUAAGUUAAUGGAGAAAAGAGAUAUGAAUGAAGUGGAAACUCAAUUCAAGGCCUUCCUCAUCAGGCUGUUGAGUGACCUCAUCGAUAAGCAGACGUGGACCGACGAAGGCUCAGUCUCCGAGCGAAUGCUGCGGAGUCAGCUCCUCCUCCUCGCCUGUGUGCGCAAGUAUCAGCCAUGCGUGCAGAGGGCAGAAGGCUAUUUCAGAAAGUGGAAGGAAUCCAAUGGAAAUUUGAGCCUGCCUACUGACGUGACCUUGGCAGUGUUUGCUGUGGGGGCCCAGAACACUGAGGGCUGGGAUUUUCUUUAUAGUAAAUAUCAGUCGUCUUUGUCCAGUACCGAGAAGGAACAAAUUGAAUUUGCCCUCUGUAUGAGCCAAAAUAAGGACAAGCUUCAGUGGCUUCUAGAUCAAAGUUUUAAGGGAGAUAUAAUAAAAACCCAGGAGUUUCCAGGUAUUCUUACACUCAUUGGCAGAAACCCAGUAGGAUAUCCAUUGGCCUGGCAGUUUCUGAGGGAAAAUUGGAAUAAACUUGUACAAAAGUUUGAACUUGGCUCACGUUCCAUAGCCUACAUGGUAAUGGGCACAACAAAUCAAUUCUCCACAAGAACACGGCUCGAAGAGGUAAAAGGAUUCUUCAGCUCUUUGAAAGAAAAUGGUUCUCAGCUCCGUUGUGUCCAACAAACAAUUGAAACCAUUGAAGAAAACAUACGGUGGAUGGAUAAGAAUUUUGAUAAAAUCAGAGUGUGGCUGCAGAAUGAAAAGCUGGAACUGCUGUGACAACUGUUCCUUGCCAGGUUCCUGUUAUCUGUCAUCACCAACAUUUUGUUGAAUGUGAAUGUUUUCAAGCUAGAGAUGGCUGUUUUGGCUCCAGCUGAAGAUACUUCCUUUCCCUUCCACUCCUGAUUCAUUUGACUAUUCCUAAGAAAAGAUUGGCUGUUAGUUUUUUCAUCAAUGGGCUAUUGCUACCACACGUUUCAUUUACAGGUGGUGUCCUAAGAUAUAAAGUGGUGGGUUCCUUACCGUGGAGGAAUGAAAUGAUUUAUUCUU